AUGCCCGAUAUGAAAGUCCUUGUUCUCGGGCUUCCCCGAACAGGAACUCAGUCCCUCGCCGACGCCCUGGCCCACCUUGCCAUCUCACCAGUCUACCACAUGCGGGAGGUCUCCAAGAACGCCCACCAGGAUCUCUGGAUCUCCGCCAUCGCCGAUAACCUCCCCCAAACAUCUCCCCCGCGUCCCUGGUCCCGCCCGCAGUGGGACGCCCUCCUGUCCGGCUUCGCCGCCGUCUCCGACUUCCCCCCCGCCCUCUUCCCCACCGCCCUCGCCGAGGCCUACCCCGACUGCCUCAUCAUCCACACGACCCGCCCCUUCGAGGCCUGGGACGCCUCGAUGAGAGACACCCUUAUCCACGCGCACCGCCAUCGCGACCCGGAGAGGAGAUCGCCCAUGGAGGUGCUGGCCAACGCCUACCACGCCGCGUGCUGGGAUGACGACUUUGAAAAGAAUGGGAGGGCAUAUUUCGAGAGGCACCAUGAGGAGGUGCGCGCUCUCAAGGCGGGCGGGAGGAGGUUCCUGGAGUAUCAUCCCGGCGACGGGUGGGGGCCUCUGUGUGAGAUCCUGGGCGUUGCGGUGCCCGAGUUUCCCUUUCCACGGAGUGAUGAUUGGGUUGAGUACAAGAAACAGGUUGAGCGGGAAAGGAACGAGAGGAAGACACAAGAGGUUGUACAAGGCAACUAG